AUGCUAUUUAAGAGCUAAGAUUCGGUUUUAACUAUUCAGCAAUAUUAAAAUAAGAAAAAGAAUCAUCCUCUACAUCUUGAGCAUUUAAAGAUUGGCCGCUUUAGAGAGUUAAACUAGAUCAAUCAGAGUAUGUUGAGAAUAAUAAUGCUUGAACUUGUUCCUGAAAGCUAUCUUAUUAAUUGGAGAAAUGCUUAAAAUUUAAACUAUGUGCUCUUGAACUCUUUUAGAAAUGUGGCUAAAGUUAAUCAUAAAGUGAAACUUAUUGGAGAAAUAAGGCAAGCAGAGGAAAAUAAUGAUGAUUUAUGA